GGCAAGUUCAUCACUUGAGCUCCGGAUUGUAUCAUCAUCAUCAUCAUCUCAGGGAAAUGGCUAGCUCUCUGCGACGAAUAGCGACGCAAACCGCCGGCUGGCGAUGUUCUGUAACCCCCAUAUGGCUAAGACAAUUUGCAUCGGACGCGUUGGUGGAAAUAAAGCCCGGUGAGAUCGGUAUGGUCUCUGGUAUUCCCGAUGAACAUCUUCGCCGAAGGGUUGUGAUUUUCUCACCUGCCCGGACUGCUAGUCAACAAGGGUCUGGAAAAGUUGGAAAAUGGAAGAUCAAUUUCAUGUCAACCCAGAAAUGGGAGAAUCCAUUGAUGGGGUGGACAUCCACAGGGGAUCCAUAUGCCAAUGUUGGUGAUUCAGCGCUUACUUUUGAGAGUGAAGAAGCUGCAAAAGCAUUUGCUGAAAAGCAUGGCUGGGAAUAUAUGGUUAAGAAGUGCCACACACCAGUGUUAAAGAUCAAGUCAUAUGCGGACAAUUUCAAGUGGAAGGGACCUCCCAAGACAGCAGAAUAAUUUAUUUUCUACUGCAAUUCAAGUGCUUGAGGUGCUUGAGGAUGUUCUGCCGCAAUGCCUUGCAUUCUUUUUUUCUUCUUCUUUACCUUUCCCAAAGUUCAGUGGAUUUCCUUGAAGGAUUUAAUAAAUCAAACAUAUGAAAAAUCCACAAGUACAUGGAAUAUCUUAAAACCUUUAUGAAGCAAUUUCAGGGCGCUAUACCCGAUCCUUCUUUGUAGUGGUUAUUGGAGGUCAGUAGGACAUUGUGGUAUCAAAA